AUGUCCUUCCUCUCUGGGUCCGACCGGGACGCAAAUGCUCGCAAAGGUCCCUACAUAGAUGGGAUUGCCCAUUUUUACCCCGACCACGACUCUUCAGACCAAUCUCAAAACGAGACACGCCCACAGCCUCAGAGAAGCUUGGGUGCUAAGAACGAAUACAUCGACUUAACAAUCGACUCCAGCCCUGCUAAUUUUUCUCGGAAGCAUCAUUAUCAUCUUGAGGUCGAUCGCGCAACCCCAGCAAGGCCUAAGGUUGAGGCCAGCCACCCCCCGAUUUUCCCACUAGAGCCUUCGCACAACAGUAGUUGCAUUUCAGACCCAAGCGGUGGCUCAACCGCUGUUUCCAGCAAUGCAGCCUCAGUAUUAGAUCCCUCGCCGCCACCGGUCUCAAUCCAGACAUCAGUUGAUCUUGACGACAGCUACGAUGCCGAGAUGUCACGACUUUCGCGACCCGAUGGCACACUGAAGACACCUCAGCAGGUUACACCGCCAUCAUCUACCCGGCCUUCCAGCCAUCAGUCACCCAAGCAUGCCUCCAUUUCCAAGAAGCAGACUCCAAAUAAAGGCACAUCGGACUUUAACCAUCUCGCCGGUCUGCUUAAGGAGUAUUCCAAGGACAUUCGCAAGACCCACGAGGAAUUAUGCAUCUACGCCCUCAAAUCCACUAAACCUGUUGAAACACGUGUCGUGACCGGCGUUGAUUUCUUCGCCGACGUGAGUCUCUCACCGACUGCUGAAGAAAAGGGAACGACAAUGAAAAUCCGAGUGAAGCAACACUUCCGCGGCAGGAAGUCGGAUCAAGGUCGCGACGCGCAUUACCUGCCGGCUUGCAUCAAGUCGAGGAAGGACGCUGUGCCCAGGUACCGGUUUCACCAUACAGAAAUCGUCAAGAAUGUCCUGUCUCCCAAUUCCAUGCUCAAGUUUGUGCCCGUAAUUAGGGAUCUGGAACCUGACGAGGAGCGAGACUAUCUUCUUUGGCUUAAGGAACUUGAAAGGAUGGAUGCCAGCUGCGGUUUCAAAACACUGGGUAGCCGCGAGCAGCGAGUUGCUAGAACCAUUCGGAAGGAACGGACUGCCACUUUGUCCUUAUUCCUAGAUUCGUGGCUCAGGAAACUCGCCAUAAACAAUUGCAAUCGGACAACGUUGAUCCGUCACAUGGCCAGCUCGGAAUCUGAUGAUGCCAUUACGCCACAACAGAAAACGAGCCUUGUCAACCUGCACAGCGACGAUAACCUUGCAGCUACCCCGAGGGCUCUCAAAGCUGCAAGGGUUUUCACCGAAGCAUUUGACAAAGUUUUCUACUACGAUGCACCCAAGGGGUGCGGAAUCCUCCUGCGUGAUGUCUUGAAACUCGACAAAUCCGUCGACGAAAUCGUUGAGUCAAAGAAGACAGCGAAGGGCGGGCAGGAUGAUAAUGAGAAGGCAUCAUCCCUCGAACACUGGAUUGAGACCCAUACGGUCAUGGGCUGCCUCAUCUGCUACAGCAAUUCGUGUGAGCAUGGAGAUUACAGCCUCGAGAAUCACAAGCGAAACUUUUCCAUGGACUGUAUCGGAAUGUAUGGGCGUAUGUUCUCAGCAAACCGCGUGGUAUCUUCCAAAGACCCAGUUGAGCACUUUGAUCCUCCGCCUCCCUGUAAGCGGCAGUGCUUCCGGCUCAGCGGCAUGAAAUCUGGGGCGCAAUCGAGACCGUGGACAGAAGAUGAGACUCUUCUUUUGCGGAGUCUCUUCACGAUUUUGGAUCAUAACAAAGUCAGAGUCAAAGCUCAAUGCGCGACUGCUGAAAUCCUUGGGAGGGAGUGCUGGGACGUUCAUCGUCAUCUGCAAUCUUUGGAUAUCACACUCCCACCCCUCGAGACCUUUGAGCCACCAAGGGUCAAGAAUCUCCCCUGGUACGAUCGCAAGAAGAAGAUGCUCAUUGGUGACUGGCAGGACCAUACCAGUUCUCACGACACCAAGGUCCGCCCAUCCAACGACCCAUGCCAUCAUGAAGGUGCCUGCACUGCGGAGAACGAAUGCCCUUGUGUACUCAACAAUAUUCUCUGCGAAAGAUUCUGCCGUUGUACAGAGGAUUGUUGCGCAUACAAAUUCACGGGCUGCGCUUGCCAUGCUAGCGGCAAGACAUGUCUACAGAAACAGAAAGAAGGCCGUCCUUGCAUUUGCGUUCAACUAAAUCGCGAGUGUGAUCCUGAUCUCUGCGGAACUUGCGGCGCCGUAGAACGCGCUGAUCCUGCAAAUCGGCACGACGACGCACUAUUCCAGACUGGUUGUCAAAACAUUGCUAUUCAACGAGGUGUCAGUAAAGCCGUUAUCCUUGGAAAGAGUCAGUUAGAAGGUUGCGGCUAUGGAUUGUUCACAGCAGAAGACAUAGCUCAGGAUGAGUUCGUUAUUGAAUAUGCCGGCGAACUCAUUGUCGCAGAUGAGGGAGUCAGGAGGGAAGCGAGGCGCGGAGAAGCGUUUGCUACGGAAAAAAGCACUUCAUACGUGUUUAGCCUCUUGGAUUAUGAAGGCAUCUGGGUCGACGCCGCUAUUUAUGGCAACCUCAGUCGUUACAUUAAUCAUGCUGUGGAGGCAGCGAACGUACAGCCAAGCAUUCUUUAUGUCAAUGGCGAGUACCGCAUCCGUUUUUCAGCCACUCGCAAUAUCAAAGCUGGCGAGGAGCUUUUCUUCAACUACGGUGAAAACUUCCCGAACUUGACGAAGAAGAUGAUAAAGGAGAAGGCCGACAAUGAGGAGGAGGAAGCAGCUGGGGAGGGAGCCGCAGCACCUGUGAAGCGGGGUCGAGGCGGACGUCGUCGAGCACGAACCGCUUCAGAAAAGCCAGCAUCGCAAAAGUUCACAAAGACCAAGAUUGCUAAAGGCGUUCGUACGGGAGCUCGUAAGGAGGCACCAAAGUUGACCGCAGGUGACUAUGAGGCUCUGGUCGACUUGGAAGUUAUACCAGGGCUGGGCCGAAAACGAAAGCGGGCCUUAAAAAGCGACGAUGAGGAGGAGGAAUACCACCCAUCUCUCGAGUCAGAAGAUAACCCUGAUGCGGGAGGAACAGGGAAGCGGGGCGGCACUGCUCAACGACGGAUCCGUCGCAUGAAAUCUGGCGGACGCAAUUUGCAAUCGGACUCAGAAGAGGAAGUUUCAUUACAAACGACCUCUCCACGUACUAAGCGUGGACGUGGCCGCGCUACUCCUUCCCAGAAUAAUAUCAGAGCCAGAUCAGCUACGAAGAGCCGGCCAACUCCCGUACAGCCAGAAGCGAGCACGCCACCCCUUAAGAAACGACGUGGACGUCCGCCUAAAAACCCCCGGCCACCCAGUCCUGCUGCGGAACGGGAAAUUGAAGUGAAUCAUGUGAAGAGCGAGAUUCGUGCAAGUUUCGCAGCCCCACAGAGCCAUGAAGCAGAAGGUGGCACCAUAUCUGUUGACGUCAACCCUCCACGAUCCGCCCGUGGACGCAAACUCACCACCCGCGGCCUUACCCCCCGCCCUCAGGAUCAGAUGGAUACUGACGAUGGGGAGCUCAACAAUGACAGAACUCCGUCCCGGCUGACGAGUAGGCGACGGAAUGACGAAAAUACGAUUACUGCUAGAGGGACUCCGCGAACUAGGCACUCGUCUGCAUCCCAGGCUCGUGCGGCUGUUUUAGAUUCAGAUGAAGAGAUCAUUACUCGUACCCCAGCUUCACAGCGAAGAGGGAGACAAAGACGUCCAAUGGAGCCUGUUGAGGACAAUGAUAGCGAAGAUAGCUUUCACAACCAGGACCUUGGAUCGGACUCGGAUGACGAGGAUGUGGUCGAUCGCUCAUUUCUCAGACGCGCGUCUAGGACAAGAAAGCUGCCGGCUCGGUUUCGUUCGUCAGACGAGGAGGAGUCCUGA